AAAUUGGGUUUCUGAUGAAGAACAAUAAAAGCACACAUGCACGGUGAUACAUUCAACAAAAACUGGUUCAAGUUCAAACGAGGCCAAUGGUUUCUUCUGUGGAGCGACCGACGUGCGUUCCCGAUGACUCUGCUUAUAUUUUUUUUCUUUCUUUUUCGUUUUUCCGCCACGAACGUCAGCGGCGAGGGGGGAGGGAAACAGCUCCAUGCGAGGGUCGUAAAAGGUCACGGGCUGGUAUUCAUGCAUUUCCCCUAUUAUUUGUGAGUGCAACAAGCAGGAAAACAUGUUAAUCAGCACGAGGAUUGCAUUGCGGGAUUGGGGGAGGGUAGGCGUGUCCUGGGCGGGGGCGGAGUUGUGCAAGACGCUGAUCGUUAACUGGGACUACGUGUGUUAUGAAGCUCAAAGGUCACUGUUAUCUGGCUGGCUCUCAUCAUGAAGCUGGCAACCGAGCCCUGCGCUGUAUAAAAGCCUACGAUGGAGUCAUUGAGGCACAGGACUCCUGGACUACAUCUCAACAUGAAGCUCAUCGUACUCGCUGCCCUCGCCGCCGUGGCUGUUGCGGCGCCUGGCCGCUACCACAGCAAGGAGGUGCCGAUCCUCAAGCACGACUUUAUAAUGGAGGAGGACGGGAGAUACCACUUGGAGUUUGAGACUGGAAACAACAUCGCGGUGUCUCAGUCAGGCUCCCCCACAGAUGAGGGCGCCAUCGCCAAGGCUGGGCACUUCUCCUACACGGCCCCUGACGGCACUCCGGUCAGUCUUAAGUUCGUCGCCAACGAGCACGGCUUCCAGCCCGAGUCUGACCUGCUUCCCGUGGCCCCCGAGUUCCCCCACCCCAUACCCCAGUACGUGCUGGACCAGAUCGCUAGGGCUGCUGAAGAGGACCGCAACCGCUCUCCUGAAGGCAGAUACACCUAUGCUUAAGUCUUACUCCUAAAGAGACAGCUAAAGAAUCAAGACAAUCAGCACUUUUCUCCGCAAUAAUGAAAUUUGUAAUCUUAUUUUUUAUAUACUCCGUGUGUAGAUAGAUACCAAAUUAUAUUUUGUUAACACGUUGACCUGUCAGCACACAGCACGCACUAGUCCAGAUGUGAGGGAAUCCAGCACAGCGAUUCUCACACCUGUGUUAGGGCCGCCGAUUUAUUUUACUGUGGAUACUGAUGGAACGGGAAGGGAAGCAAAACUCUCGUGUGUGUGUGUGUGUGUGUGUGUGUGUGUGUGUGUGUGUGUGUGUGUGUGUGCUUGUGGGGAAGGGAGGAGGGUGAAAUUGCAGGAACGACUACAUGUCUAGAUCACUUUCUUGUAAGCGAGAGGAAACAAAAACCUAAAUGUAGACAGACAGCAGCUCACCAGUGAGGCGCAACGUACUUUACACACUGUUGGGAGACGCGUCUUUGCGAACAGCUAGCAAAAGAACACAGCACAAAUACGUUAUCAAACAUAAUUACAAGCACACGCAAGAACAUCUGAUCUCAGCAUAUAAGGAAAAUACAUUCUCAUUGUCACACAUCCACACAGAAACUCUAAGAUGGAAUGGAAUGUCUCUGAUGUCCCUCACACUUCUACUUUUCUUCCUUCCUUUAUGUCUGUUCCCUUUUCCCUUUCUUUUCCCUUCGCAUCCUUUCUCUUCUAAAAAUGCAUGAAUAAAAAUAAAGCUAAGAGGUCUAA